GAAUGGAUUUUAAAGAAAUGUCAAGAGAAGAGACAAAUUAUAAUAAUAGAAGGAGGUAUAGGAGUAGGAAAAUCUUCUAUAACUGAAAAAUUAAGAGAAAUAUUUUUGAAGAAAAGAAAAACGGUUAAAGUUUUACAUGAAACAAUUGAAGAAUGGAGAGAUACUUUGGAAAAAUUUUAUAAAGAACCGUUAAAAUAUCAAUAUCAAUUAGAAAUGGAAAUUAUUAAAUCAAGAAAUAACCAGUUAAGGAAUUGUAAUAGAAUAACUGAGGUCAUUAUAAUGGAUAGAACACCAUUGUCAUCAUACUUUUUUAUAUCAUUAACAAAAGAAAGAGUAUCUCUUGAGGAUCUUCAUAGUGAGAUAAAUGAAAUGGAAAAGGAUAGAGAUCUCUUAAGAUUAGAAACGGCAAAAAUCAUAAGGAUAGAAAUGACAGCGGAAGAGUGUUUGGAGAGAAUAAAAUUAAGAGGAAGAAAUGAAGAGAAGGAUAUAUCUUUGGGAUAUUUACGAAAAUUGAAUGAAAAAUAUGAACAUGAUUUAAUUCAAGUUUAUAAAGUAAAUACUGAUCAAAUUUUCGUUACAGAAAAUGAGAGAGGAAAAUUAGAUUAUACAGCGUGGAAAAUAAUGAAAUUUAUUCAGCCAAAUAUUAGAUACAAAGAAUAA